AUUUCAAAGCUUUUGGCUAUCUAAGAAGUGUAAUCGACGGAGUAAAGGGCAAAUUACGCAGAAAUCUUUCUGGAUUUGGGUCUUCUUAGACUUGACAUUGUUCGAUUAAAUUUCAAAAUUGUCUGAAAUUCUUAGCAAGUCCUGAUCUUGGCCUUGCAUUAUAAUACUCCCUUCAACGUAAAAUAUUGGUGAGCAACGGACCACCAGUAUGGAUUGUUAUUGUCCUUUACCAGAAGAUAUUGUGGUUGAUAUUUUAUUGAGGUUGCCAGUGGAACCACUCUUGCGUUUCAAAUGUGUGUGCAAGCACUGGUAUGCUCUCAUCAAAAGUGAGAGUUUCAUAGAGAAGCAUUUUCAUCACAAGAACAAUCGUUCCCGUCUCCUCAUUUGCAACUUGAAACUUGAAGCGGAAGAACACAUCGACUUUCAGUCUGCUGUAGUCUCCUUGCUACCUGAAAAAAUAGUUUCGGGUGUGACCCCUGAAGAAAAAAUUCUCCUUUAUCUUCCAAGGGUCGAUUAUUUUAAAAUUCUUGCUGGCCCAGUUAAUGGCUUAUUCUUAGUGCAGGAAAUCUUUUUUGAACACGGUGAACGCUUGAGUUUGUGGAAUCCUGCCACCAGAGAGUUCCGACCUCUGCCUCCUGCGCCUUUUGUGACUGAGCACUCCUUAUGGAACUAUGAUCAUGAAUUUGGAUUGGGGUUUGACCAACUGACUCAGCAUUAUAAGGUUGUUUGGAUUCGAGUAUUCUUUGAGAUCCGGGAACAAGGACAGGGACAGAGACGGCGCGCUUACCUUCAUAAUUUUGUCUGUGUCUAUUCCUCAUGCGAUAACUCAUGGAAGAGCCUACAAUUCCCUUCCAGUUUUACCUUAGGUUUUCCCUAUUCCGUCACAUAUCUCAACGGGAUUUAUUAUUGGAUUUGUAGGAGCGACGAUAAUAAUAUAUGCAAGAUUCAGUCAUUUGCCAUGGGCAGCCAACAGUUGGGGGAGAUGCAAGGCCCAGAUAUUCCAGGUGAACACUGGGUGAGGCUGACACUGCGUGGAGACUCUCUUGCAAUGUUAGUCAGUGAUAAGUGUAUGACAUCCAUAUACGAAAUGAAACAAGAGGGAAGUUGGUCCAAGGUGUUAACUGUUCAACCCCGUAUAGAUGCUGCUCAUUUGCCUAAAGGUAUUUGGGAGAAUGAUAAGAUUGUUUUUUACCUCAGAGAAACGUCACAGCUGGUGCUAUAUGACCCUACAACAAGUCAAGUUACGGAUCUUGGAAUUCAGCCGAGGCUUAUGGGCUGUGGUGUUUUCAUUUAUCAGGAGAGCCUAGCUCUAAUUACGAAAGGGAAUUAGUCUCAAGACUAGGAUAAUACUGAUCGAUCAAAUGAAGUAGUACAACUAUUUGGUGGACGAGUGCUAAUAUAUUCGCUGGAUGAACCUAUUAUUAUUGGGUUAUUGGCUUCUAAUCAUUCAUCAUGUCCUAUUUAUACUUUGGUCAUUGAUAAGAACAUAAAGUUUAUUUGUUUCAUACAUCUGACUAGUUGCUGAAUUAUUGGCCAAAUGUAUAAUUUACCCUUUUUUUUUUGCUAAGUUUGAUAACAUGGUAAAACUGCUGCUUGAUUUUUUUU